AAUGUUGGAUUCAAGCCUUGUCAUUGUUUGGCAGAGCACUUGUUGGAGUUGGUAAGAUUCAAAAUGAAAUUCAAAAUACCAAUUCUGGUUGUGAUGCUUGCUGUAGCUUUUGUUCAAGAAGGAAGUAGUUAUAAAAUUACCACAGCAAGACUUCUUUCGCAACUGAGACCAUUCUACAAUCUGGGAGUCAGAAUUAGGACCGAGUCGACAAAGCUUCAAGCCUUGUACUGGAAACUUUGGAGUGAAAUCAAAUCCAACAAAGUUUCCGUUCAUGCAUACGGAGAUGAGGGCAAAUUACUGCAACGUCUGCUUGACGACAUCAUGGAUCUAAACAACGAAAUCGAUAUGGAGACAAAAGAACGUUAAAAAUGAAUUUCACAACUUCAGGGGAGACAUUAUUCAAGAAAUCAUGUUUUCAUUUAAUUUGAAACUUUUUAAGAAGU